AUGAUGUUACCAUGGAAACAAAUUGUUCUGCUAUCAAUCACUGGAUGCCUUGCAGCCUGUACAGAGGAUGUCAUAUUUCAAGGGCCAAGAUGGAGGAUGGAGCCAAGUGACCUCAUUUUACCGAUCAACUCCCCAGACCAGCAGGCUACCAUCACGUGCGAGGCAGAAGGGAGCCCUCCUCCGCAGUACAGAUGGUCACUAAAUGGAACACUCAUUGAUCUGGGGAAUGACUACCGGCGUCACAUGUCUGGGGGCAGCCUGAUCAUUAGCAACCUGGACAAGGACCAAGACACCGGGGUGUACCAGUGCACAGCCUUCAACACGUGGGGGUCCAUCCUCAGCCGCAGAGCCAGCCUACAAUUUGCAUAUCUUGAUAACUUCAAAACUCAAACGGUGAGGAGCGCUGUCAACGUCCGUGAAGGCCAAGGUGUGGUUCUGUUAUGUGGACCACCUGCACAUUCUGGAGAGCUGACAUUUGCAUGGAUCUUCAAUGAAUACCCGCACUUUGUCCAACAAGACAGUCGUCGUUUUAUCUCUCAGGAGACCGGGAGUCUGUACAUCGCUAAAGUGGAGCCCUCAGAUGUUGGCAAUUACACCUGUGUGGUUAACAACACUGUCACGAAGGAGAAGGUGCUCAGCUCUCCCACACCACUGGUCCUCAGAAGUGACGGAGUAAUGGGUGAAUAUGAACCCAAAAUAGAAGUUCAUUUCACCGAUUCAGUGCCAGCUGCGAAAGAAUCAGUGGUGAAACUGGAAUGCUUCGCUCUGGGAAACCCCGUUCCAGAAAUAAGCUGGAGGAGAACCAGCGGCAUCCCUUUCCCCAGCAAAGUGAAAAUGAAGAAUUCAAACGCUGUCCUUGAAAUCCCUAAUUUCCAGCAGGAAGACUCAGGGACGUACGAAUGUAUGGCAGAGAAUCGGCGAGGCAAAAAUGCUGCACGGGGUCGUAUUUCAUUCCAUGCCAAACCUCACUGGCUCCAGACAAUGACGGACACAGUUCUGUCCAUCGAAGAAAACCUCUUGUGGGAGUGUAAGGCCAAUGGAAAACCUAAACCAUCCUACAGCUGGCUGAAGAAUGGGGAGCAACUGAUGGCUGAGGGCCGGGUACAAAUCGAAAACGGGGCCCUCUCUAUAGCUGUGUUAAACCUGUCAGAUUCCGGGAUGUAUCAGUGUGUGGCUGAAAACAAACAUGGAAUUAUUUAUUCCGGUGGCCAACUAAUGGUGUUAGCUUCACCUCCCAGUUUCUCCAAACGUCCAUUAAGGGCCUUGCUAAAAGCUCGCUCAGGCAGCGAAGUCACUCUUGAAUGCAAGCCUCAGGCCUCGCCCCCAGCAAUUAGCCUGUGGAAGAAAGGGAGUGAGAUCCUGCAGAGAAGCGAAAGGAUUACUUUGCUUCCCAAUGGGACUUUAAAGAUCGCCAAUGUAACCAGACGGGAUGCAGCCAGCUACACAUGCGUUGCUAAGAAUCAGUUUGGGACAGCAAGCACAACUGGGAGGCUGCUUGUCACCGAGCCCACCAGGAUCACCAUGAGGCCUACUAACAUGGAGAUUAUUGUUGGCGAGAGCAUCGUGUUACCCUGCCAGAUUGCCUGUGAUCCAGCUCUGGAUGUUUCUUUCUCGUGGGCAUUCAACGGCCAGCUCAUCGACUUCCAGCGAGACAGCGACCAUUUUGAAAGAGUGGGCGGGAGUAUAUCAGGGGAUCUGAUGAUUCGUAACAUCCAGCUGAACCAUGGAGGGAAAUAUGUCUGCGUUAUUGACACUGAUGUGGAGAGCCUAUCCACCUCUGCCAUCUUGGUUGUCAAAGGUCCGCCAGGUCCUCCGGAUAAGGUAGCAGUGGAAGAAAUCACAGACAGCACGGCCCAGGUUUCCUGGACUCCCGGAAGGGACAAUGGCAGCCCCAUCACUGGCUACAUCAUCCAGGCCCGCACGCCCUUUACUGUGGGCUGGCAGGCUGUUGACACAGUGCCAGAGGUUGUCAACGGUAACAUGCUGACAGCUACAGUCGUUGCUCUGAACGCAUGGGUGGAGUAUGAGUUUAGGGUGGUGGCCCGCAAUACCGUAGGCCUGGGAGAGCCCAGUCCAGCCUCGGCCAAGACCAGGACAGAGGAUGCCAUUCCUGAUACAGCUCCCACUGAUGUCGGAGGUGGAGGCGGCACAAAGUCUGAAUUGGUGAUAACAUGGGAGCCUGUUCCCGAGGAACUGCAGAACGGAGAGGGCUUUGGCUACAUCAUCGCCUUCAGGCCUGUGGGCACGGUCACGUGGACACGAGCGGUUAUCUCCACACCGGGCGUGGCACGUUACGUCUUCCGCAAUGACACCAUCCCACCCUUCUCGCCUUUCGACGUAAAAGUGGGGGCAUACAACAACCGAGGGGAGGGGCCCUUCAGCUCUAUUGCCACCGUGUAUUCAGCAGAGGAAGUCCCUGGUGUGGCUCCUAAGAGGGUUAGGACUAGAAGUAUGUCUGCAGUGCAAAUUGAAGUGAUCUGGGAAGCUCUCCCUGCCAUCCCUGAAAGAGUGCUUGGAUAUGAGGUCAUGUACUGGGAAGACGACACCAAGCCUGACACUGUUGGCAAAGUGCGCAUAUCUGGAAACUACACGAUGGUUAACAUCACAGGGCUGAAAGCGAACACAGUGUACUACCUCUGUGUGGCCGCAUUCAAUACGGCUGGCCCCGGGCCACAGUCGGCGCCCAUCAACACCACCACAAAGAAACCACCUCCAGAUCGGGCUCCACUCAACAUACAAUGGACCAUGAUUGGCUCCACACUCACGAUGCACUGGGAUCCUGUAGUAGCUUUGGAUACAGAGUCAAAGGUCACCGGAUAUUUGGUGAUGCUGAGGAGACAUCGCUACAAUGACAUCAACACUAUCUUUACCAACAAAACCACUGUGGAGCUCAGCCUCUCCGCCAAUGACAACUAUCUCAUUCAGAUCAAGGCCAUGAGUGAAGGCGGCGAAGGUGUGGGCAGUGAACCCAUCCACAUCCAUAAAUUAAGUAUGGGAGCACGGGGCUCAGGAGCAAUCCGCCUCAGCCCAUUGUACCUCUCUGCAGUCUUCAUCAACGCCAUGCUCUGCUCCUCUUGGUGAUGUCUAAUUGGAGCCUGCAAAGCACCCUCCCUCCCCCUCCAUCCCUUCACUCAGCCUGUCCACUGGACUGGCACAAGGCCCGGCUUCAGUGGCAAGACUGGGAAAGACUGGAAAGGACUGGACUCCGCCAAACUCUUAAAGGGACCACGGCACUUUUUUUUAAGGGCCAUCAAAUAGAGACGUGAUGAUUUGCGUGCAUGAUAUCUUUUAGAAUUUCUUUCAGCGUCAUAAGUGCCACCGUGCUCUAGGUUUUAUUUGAGAAGUUAUGAUGUCUACAUGACUUAUCUUUUAGAUAUCUUAGUAUCUCUGGAGAUACUAAUGCCUUAAAACCCAUUUUACUCAUACAGUCCAUACCAAAGUAGGAGACAGGCUGCUUACAGGUUUCGUUAACCCUAUAUUUAACCCCCUUGUUUUGCAAAAACAAGUACUCACAAGAAUUCUUCUUCUCAAGAUCAAUUUGAUUGACCUAUAGUCAUUGGUUUCGUCCAUAUUUUACUAUCUCAAAAAUAAAUCUUAAACUAAAUCAGUUCCACUGACAGAACAUCAACCCUUAUCCUCAUCACAUUUCUUUGCAGCUUUGCCAAAAGUUUACCAGGCUUUCUCAGAUAUAUGAAAGAUGCACAGCAAAUUGAUCAACUGUGCCCCAAACCCACUUAUCUCUGCAUACUGAAAUAAUAUUAGGUCUGUUCGAGAGCCACAGUCUCCUGAGCUUAAGGCCCUCUCUACAAUACUCUAAGAGAUCGGCAUCUCUUGCUCCUCUAAAUAAUAAAUGCGUAUCACACGAUGCAUUCUCAGUCUAGGUAAAAAGCCGGGAUUGUAGAAGAGAGACGCGUGGUGUCACUAUGUCAAGCAGAUCCCAUGUCCCUGUCCCUCUUCUACAUUUAGACGACCUGUGUUCAAGAUUUGUAUAUCAUAUCGUGGAACAUGUACCAUCUACACCCCAUAUGACCAGCUGGCCCAGUGCACAAUGGACUACAGGAUACCCGUGCCUUCACUAGAGCUCACUCCAAUUUCUUUCUUUUCAAAUAGCUUUGGGGAAAGAUUCAUGUUGCAGAAGAGGCAUUGUUUGCUUUUCCUUACGAAAAAAUUAGUUACGAAGACAGGAAACUCAGAAUGUAGAGGGAGCCCAUUAUUAGAAAGGGUAUGUUAAUUAAAUUUUCAUUGAGAAAAGUACACUAGGGUUACCUAAAAGAAAAAGCGUUGGAAGCUUUAGGAAAGCCGCAAUGGAUUGAGAUAUAUAGCCAAAAUUUUGGUCCCAGUAUUUAUGGUCACUGGUAUAAUAAAUGUAUGACUCCACCCGAAGCAUAAUUUAUGAGCUAUUAAGGCAUCAGAAUAAUUGAUGCCAAUAUCGCGGUGAAAGUGCUCUGACUGGAAAUGGAGCGAAAGGCAUGGCUGUCAUUUUACCCCCAUCCCAUUACUGUCUAUUGGACACAAACCGGACUGAACAGUAACAAAAGAACAUUGCUACUCUGCUGAGGGAGCUACUUUUCACGCCCUUUUAUCAUGUGGAUGAGUCUGUGAAAAGCCACCCAAAAAGGAGCCGAGGUGUGAUUACUGGGGUCCUGACAAUGGUCAUGUGGAUGUGGAAGGAUACAGUCAACUGAACUGCUACACAUUACUGUGCCUUUGCCGAACAUGGGGGCUGUGUACGGUCAUUAGCUAAGAGGUUGUCGUCGUCUGUAUUUUGCACUCUCUUCCCCCUAUCUUCCCCAAAGUCGAAUGAAAGCACAAGGAAUUGAUGCAAGGUGAAUGGAUGUCCUCACUUAGGCGUCUGAACAGGUGUGCAGACCCCAGAGGCCUCGUAAAAAGUCCAAACGGCCGACAUAAUCAGGCUGUCCUAUCUGCUCCUUGAAUGGUUUCAUAAAGCUCUGUGCUCUUUGAAUAGACUGCUGCAGACCAGUCGAUGCGAUAUUGAUUUUGCUGCCCCAUUAUUACAGCUGUCACAAUUCAGCUGCUUGAUUGACUGAUGGCCGUGUUCUUAUUGCACUCGUUCUGUUGUGAUACAGUCAGUGAUGUCUGACUUUAUUCCCUAGCAGACCACUUCAUAGGUAUUCUUUUUUCUGUUGUGUUUUGGUUUGCUUUUACUAGAAAUCUUACUGUAUUUGCUCAACUUUUCACAGAUUUUACAAGUAUUUUGUAGUGUAGUGGUAGAUUGUGAUUUUGAAUUGGAGCAGUGACCUGAAAUUGAUUGGCUGGUUGAUUAUUUUGAGUCGAAGUACUACUGUAUCUUUCUUUCCAGCAGCAUAAAAGCCUAGUCACACCAGCAUUUAAAACAGUUAAAUUUCAUAGCAAAAUCAGUCCAUUUCAUUGGAAUUGCUGCGAUCUGCUUGUGAUCACUUGUGAGGAGAAGUAAAUCCGUGUAAAUGUAUACUUUGGUGAACUUUCUUGUGCCAUUAACCAUUAGCAAACCGUCUUGACAAACCGAAUAAUCCAAAAUGGAGGAAGGUAACAUAGCUUAUUUGCUGUGUU